CCUCGUUUUUCGUCCGCCACAGCGUUAUCACGACAGUCGUUCUGACCCAAUAAAGGGGUCUAACCUGAAAGAAAGAGAACUGCGAGCGUUUCGCUGAAUUGCAGUGGCUGUACAUUAUUGUGUAGAGAAAAGUGCGGUUAAAAAAGGGAAAGUUAACUUGAUCUGAGCCAUGUUUUUGUUUUGGAACUGAGAAGGAAAACGACGCCAGAGAGGAAAGGCCUGAGUAUGAUGCAACAUUUCGCGAAGGGGGAUUCAAAAAUAAAUCCAUAACCAUUUCCCAGGAUGGAAAAUACUGAAUGUGUUAAAGAAGAGCUUCACACACGUGUAAAGAAAAAUGAAAGUUCUGAAAAGCUGAAAGUUCAGUCAAGUGAACUUGGUAACCAAGAAGACUCUGACUUUUUGAAAGGCUUGAAACUGGCUUCACAGACAGUGCUAGAAACGCUCCAACAAAAUGGUCGAUCUAAAUGUCCAAAGUGCCAGAGUUCAAGGAUGUUUUAUUGCUAUUCAUGUUACCUUCUGGUAGAUGGUGUCAGCAUUGAUAAGAUACCUCAGGUUAAGCUCCCUCUGAAGAUUGAUAUUAUCAAACAUCCCAAUGAGACUGACGGUAAAAGUACAGCUGUACAUGCAAAACUGUUGGCCCAGGACGAUGUUAGUAUUUACACAUACCCAUGCAUGCCAGAAUACAAGGAUAAUACCCAUGAAGUUGUAGUGGUGUUCCCUGGUCCAAAUUCUAUUUCCCUUGACGAUCUCCCAAAAUACUUAUCUAACAUCGCCGGCAAGAAAUCUGUUCCUAUAAAAUCUUCCAAAAAUGUCCUCAGUCACAAUGAGUGCAUUACAUGUGAAGGACCAGCACUUAAACGUGCAAAAUGUGAAUAUAAUUUGGAUGGAGAAAAUCUAGUAACAGAGCAGGAUCCUGGACAGGUGGAGACAAAUCUGACCCCAUUGAAGAGAGUGAUAUUUAUUGACAGCACCUGGAAUCAGACUAACAAAAUAAUUACUGAUGAGCGAUUACAAGAAUUACUUCAUGUUGAGCUAAGAACACAAAAGACACAUUUUUGGCGUAACCAGAAAGGAAAGCCCAACACCUAUCUCGCUACAAUUGAGGCUAUUUACUAUUUUCUAGUUGACUAUCACAGACUGAUUUUAAAAGAGAACUAUAGUGGUGAAUAUGACAAUCUACUUUUCUUUUACUCAUUUAUGUACAGGUUAAUCAACAAAGCUAAACAUGCAGCUGGAAAACUGAACUGAACAAUUAGGUGAAAAGUGGUGAUCCUUCUGUAGAUUGACAUUUCAGAGAAAUAGUACAAAUUCACUUUUCAAAAAGUUAAUCGACUGUUCCAAGUGUUGCUAUUCUUUUAAAGUUUUUCUUUGAAUUAUAAUUUGUUUAUUUUUGCUUUUGCAAAUACAGGGUACUAAAAAAAAUUGAAAUACAUGGCCAGUUCAAACAGUCAAGGUCUUCAGUUUAACAUUAGCCUGCGUGGGGGAGCUCAGCAGGCCAGGCAGCAUAUAUGGAAAAGAGUAAAUAGUCAG